GGUGCCUACGACUUCCUCGUUUCACAGCGCAAACUAUUCUCACUCGCUAACUUAUCAUUGCACUUUUCGAUUCUUCUUUUUUUGAUUCGCCUUUUUAGCCGGCAAACCUCGCACAUUUUUUAUCUCCACAACCCAACCAAACACAACGGAAAAUGCUUCCCCCGCACACGGUCUACUCGCUGGUGAUUCGCAACCACAGCGACAAGAAGGUGAAGGUUGCCGUCACCUACGCGGACGUCGAGGACAACGUGCACCACGCUGAGAUCAGCGUGCCCGCAAACGGCUCUGCCACGGCGGAGGAGCGGACCUACAAGCACGGCACCGCAGUCUUCGCGAUGGAGGUGACGAAGGUGGCGAUUGUGGAUGCCACGGUGCAGGGGCCCCCGUCCAGCCUGAGCGCGCCGUUCCCGUCUGUGUACUCCCCCACCAAAAAAUACCCCAUUGAGAUCGUGAAGAAGAACGGCGCACCGGCGCUGGUGACCAAGGAAUCGGCUUAA